AUGUCAGUGGGCAGGUUCCCGACUGAGCCGGACGAUAGGGAAUCCAAGAGAGCCAAAGUGAGUGCCACGCCCUUAAUCGGGUUCUCAGAGGAGGAUAAGCAGGGAACCCUUCAACCACACGAUGAUGCCCUAGUCGGCACGCUCAGAAUUGGAAAAGACCUGUCGCCAUACAAUUCCCCUCUGGUCAACUUUAAAGGAAAAACCGUCACCCCGAAAGGCAUGAUUAGGCUGCCUGUGCAAACAGACUCAGACGUGGUAGAGGUGAACUUCAUUGUGGUAGAUGCGUACUCCCCCUACACAGCUAUUGUGGCCCGACCGUGGCUUCAUGCACUGGGGGCUGUGCCAUCAACCUUGCACCAAAAAGUGAAGUAUCUGUCAGGAGGUCAAGUCAAAGAAAUAAUAGGGAACCAAGGAGUGGCUAGGCAAUGCAUGGUGUCGGCAAUCUCACGACGACCAAAUAGUGAACCUUCCACUUCAGCCGAGAACGGCUUAUAG